UUACGGCAAAGAAUUAAUCUAGUAUCAGCUUUCACUAAAUUGUAGCUAAGGUUGUGAUAAUCAUCACAAAGAGAGAGAGGCAUGGCUGCGAACGUGUUCGGCAGUGCUGUGACGGACGAGACGGUAAGGACAUUGCCGCCGUACGUGGAGAAAGAUGUUAUAACACAAGCUGACAGAGCUCAUGUGGCUCUAAAAUUUUUCAAAACCGCUGAUGGUAGAGCCGACAACGCUGUCAAAUUCGUGGAGAACCUUAAGGCGAGAUAUGGUAAUGGAGUUUCCACACUUUCUCUGGUUUACAAUGCCACCGGAAACACAUUGACAUAUGUUGACAGUUAUGACUGGUACGGACACAUCGGAGAAUCUCCAUAUCCUACUGAGAUUCAAAAUGGACAAUGGGGAGCAUAUCUUCAUGUCCAUGAACAAGGAGCUCCUUCAGGGUCCGUCGCCGCCGUGGUGUAUCGCGGCGUCAACGCCGCCGGAAAAGAAUGUGACUGGAUGUAUUGCUGGAAUAAUCCAUGGGACAGAUGGUUUUACAACAACACGGUGUAUACUGAGAUCCGAGACGCACAUCACUAUGAGGAAGGUCAUUAGAGUUAUAUUUAUGAUAAGCUGAAAGAUUCUGGGCUCAAAAAUGAUGACACGUGGAAUGGAUGCUAUUCAACUGUGACAACUGGAAGUGACACUUCCCCAAAACUGGAAGCCAUUCUCACUCUUGAAGGUGUCAAGAGUAUUUUCCAUGGCAAAAAUUAUUCGACUUGAAUAAUAUUGUCACAUAAAUAAAUGUUGCAUUUUUAUUUGAAUUAUAUGAAAGUGUGCUGAGAGUAAUUAAGUGUGAGGAGAGUAAUUAAAAAAAAAAAAGGGGUUAUGUUACUUCGUUUGGUUUGGGAUGACAUAUGUACUUGUUAUGAUCAUGUCGAUAGACAUGAUAUAUACUAUUAAUGAAUAAAAUCCUUGUUUAUAUUCAACAAAAGAGAAAAAAGAA